GGAGAAGAAGGAAGGGGAAAUCAGAUGUUUGCAUCAUUUCGGAAUCCGGACGAUAGAGUCAUAUUUCGAGUGAAUUGCGUAUCGUCAAUUCGUCACUUGUACGCAUCGAGUUAAUCGUCGAGUUCGGUACGCGCGGAAAAUACUUUCCGCUUCCGUCACGGCGCCGCGACGCCUGUAGUAGAAACGUAGAGGCAGUAGUGGAGCUCCCUGCGACGUUGAGGAGGGGAGGGGCGACAACGAGAGACGCGCGGCGCGCGAGAACGUUACUCGAAACUCGAACCUCGAACGGCUCCAACCCGCCGCCGGCUUCGUAACCGUCGUCCCCGAUCGAUUUCCUCGUCGUCGAAACGCGACGUCGGGGCUCCUCGUCGUUGUCCAUCCGCGGCUUCACUCUCUCCGCCAUGGAGGCCCUGAUACCUGUGAUAAACAAGCUACAGGACGUAUUCAACACCGUCGGCGCUACCGUGUUGCAGCUGCCGCAGAUCGUCGUUCUGGGCACGCAGAGCUCAGGAAAGUCGUCGGUAAUAGAGAGUCUGGUGGGUCGUUCCUUUUUACCGCGAGGGACCGGUAUUGUCACGCGACGUCCAUUAAUACUGCAACUUGUUUACACACCGCGAGAUGAUCGCGAGCACAGGAGCGCGGAGAACGGCACCCUGGACCUGGAGGAGUGGGGAAUGUUUCUACACACGAAGAACAAGAUUUACAAGGACUUCGACGAUAUACGCGCGGAAAUCGAGGCUGAGACCGACCGAAUGGCCGGGGCGAACAAGGGGAUCUGCCCAGAACCAAUUAAUCUUAAGAUAUACUCGACGUCCGUUGUCAAUCUGACGCUCAUUGACUUACCCGGCAUCACAAAGGUGCCGGUAGGCGAUCAGCCAGAGGACAUUGAGUCUCAGAUACGCGAUCUUGUAUUGAAGUAUAUAUGUAGUCCUAACUCGAUAAUCUUAGCAGUUGUCACUGCCAAUACCGAUAUGGCUACGAGUGAGAGUUUGAAGCUCAGCAAGGACGUCGAUCCAGAUGGUAGGCGAACGUUGGCAGUUGUUACAAAAUUGGAUCUCAUGGAUGCUGGGACCGAUGCCAUAGAUAUUCUAUGUGGUAGGGUUAUCCCAGUAAAAUUGGGUAUUAUAGGUGUAGUUAAUCGUUCUCAACAAGACAUAAUGAAUAACAAGAGUAUUCAGGAAGCGUUGAAGGAUGAGGCUACAUUCUUGCAACGUAAAUAUCCAACGUUGGCUAACAGAAACGGCACUCCUUACUUAGCGAAAACUCUCAAUCGUUUACUUAUGCAACAUAUUAGAGAUUGCUUGCCGGAGCUGAAGAACAGAGUGAAUACGAUGGUCGCGCAAUAUCAGACCCUGCUCAAUUCGUAUGGCGGCGAUGUCGAGGACAAGAGUCAAACCUUGCUGCAAAUCAUCACGAAAUUCGCGAACAGCUAUUGCGCCACGAUAGAGGGAACAGCGAGAAACAUAGAGACCACCGAGCUGUGCGGUGGUGCUCGCAUUUGCUAUAUAUUUCACGAGACAUUCGGCAAAACGCUUGAUUCAAUUAAUCCACUGGCGGACCUCAGUAAAGUGGACAUAUUGACCGCUAUACGCAACGCGACUGGUCCAAGACCAGCUCUCUUUGUGCCAGAGGUCUCCUUUGAGCUACUAGUUAAACGACAAAUACGAAAGUUGGAAGAUCCUUCGUUACGGUGCGUCGAACUCGUGCACGAAGAAAUGCAAAGUAUAAUACAACAUUGUGGUACCGAGGUGCAGCAGGAAAUGCUGCGUUUCCCUAAGCUACAUGAGCGUAUCGUCGAUGUUGUUACACAAUUGUUACGUAGACGGCUCCCACCUACUAAUUCAAUGGUAGAGAACUUGGUUGCAAUAGAAUUGGCAUACAUUAACACCAAGCAUCCCGACUUUCACAAAGAUGCCGCAUUUGUGUCGUCUUUAUUGAAGGACGCUGAUGUAGAUCACUUGAAGCACAACAAACGAUUAACUUCUGCAUCCAAUACCAUAAUCACCAACGACACGACUAAGGAACAGCAAGGACAGCAAAAUCACUGGCUGCUAAGUAACUUACUACUCCAGGGAAGAACAGACUCUACCAGUUCCGCGGACGGUUCUCCGGUCAGAAUACGUCAGGAAAAUAACGCACCGCAUCCUGCGAUUGAGCUGCAGAAAGCAUCCCCGCAACAAAAGCCAGUAAAUCUGCUGCCUGCGGUACCAAUACAGACAUCACGAAAGCUUAGCGAUCGUGAGCAACGGGAUUGUGAUAUUAUUGAAAGACUCAUAAGAUCAUACUUUUAUAUUGUACGAAAGUCCAUUCAGGAUACUGUACCAAAGGCUGUUAUGCAUUUCCUAGUCAACUACGUGAAAGAUAAUUUACAGAGUGAACUUGUCACACAUUUGUACAAAUCGGAUCAGGCUGAGGCCUUGUUAAUCGAGAGCGAACACAUCGCUGUUAGACGUAAAGAAACAGCGGAUAUGCUUAAGGCAUUGACUCAAGCGGGUCACAUCAUUAGUGAAAUUAGAGAGACGCAUAUGUGGUAAUCAAAGCCUAAGGCUUUUACAUCAGCAGAUUCUAGUGAAUUUAGGUAUUGCAUCUCUGUGUUUUAAUGAACUGAGCUGAGAGAAGGAUGUACUUUACUAAUGUAUAUGAUGAAUCACUGUGUAUAUAAUUCUUUCUCACGCAAGUAAGGUAUAUAUAUUGCUAUUGAGACGCAAAAUGAUCCUGAUACGUUACCCAAUUUUAUAGCAUGCAGAAGGACAUGACGUCUUACGCAUGUUCAUAUCAAUCGUAUCAUUUGAUUUCACGAGAUGAUUAAUUCACGAGAAUUCGGGCUCGAUCUUUUAUUCUCGGCAUUCUAUAGAUGUGUAUGCUGAUGACGAUCUAUUGUACGAAAAAUGAUUAAUUCUUGAAUAACUUGUUUUGUAUUAUUUUAUCACCGGGAAUUACAUGUUUCUUAAGUACUUAGUCUAAUCUUGCAUUAUCUCACAUUACAGUGACUGUUAACUGAAAAUGCAAUUAAAGAUCAUUGUCCCAUGUA